AUGAGCGUGAUGAUGAGGCCGGUGCUGCACCUGAUGGUCGGGCUGGUGCUCUACGGCGUCGCCGAGGAGAUGACCGUGCCGGCGCUCGUCGACAAGGUCACCGCCGCGCUCUGCCCCGCCGACGACAGGUCUUGCCCGGAGGCUCUCUACCUCACCGGCCUGCAGUCCUCGGUUGGAGGGAUUUUCAGGACGAUAGGGUUCACUCUGAUGGGCCAGCUGGCUGAUGAGUAUGGCCGGAAGCCUCUCAUCCUUCUCACUGCCUCCACUUCCAUUAUCCCGUUUGCUGUGCUUGCAUGGAACAAUUCGAGGACUGCUGUGUAUGUCUACCUUGUUCUGCGUACCCUCUCAUGCAUGAUUGGCCAAGGAACCAUAUUCUGCCUCGCUAUUGCUUACACGGCAGAUGCAGUUGAACCAUCAAGGAGGGCAGCUGCAUUUGGCUUCAUGACAGGAAUUUUCUCUGCCGCACACACGCUGGGGAGCGUGUUUUCAAGGUUCCUGCCUGAGAGGUGGAUUUUUGAGGUCUCAAUUGUCUUGUUGAUCUGCUCCAUUCUCUACAUGAAAAUAUAUUUGGUUGAGACAGUUCAAAGAGCUUCUACACCUUCUCAGCAUUUGUCGAUAUCAUCUUUGCUUGUCAAGUUACCACAAGAACGUUGGGAAUCUAUCAAGGAGAACAUUAGCAUAGUCAAAAACAGUGAAACACUUAGGAGAAUCUCAUAUGUUGCCUUCUUUUAUAAAUUGGGCAUGAUUGGUAUUAGCGAUGUUCUAAUGUAUUACCUAAAGUCCGUAUUCGGCUUUGACAAGGAUCAGUUCUCAGAAAUUCUAAUGGUGGUCGGCGUUGGAUCAAUCUUUUCACAGAUUCUGGUCCUCCCCUUUCUUAGCCACAUAAUUGGUGAAAAAGGCGUCUUAUGUAUUUCAAUACUCGCAUCUAUUGCUUAUGCUUUGCUUUAUGGUGUUGCAUGGGCUACGUGGGUCCCAUAUUUUAGCUCUUCAUUGGGUAUCAUCUAUGUUCUGGCCAAACCAGCAAUAUAUGCGAUCAUUUCUGGUGAAGUACUCUCAACUGACCAGGGAAAAGCGCAAGGUUUUAUUGCAACCAUGCAAUCUGUAGCUAUAUUGUUGGCCCCACUAUUUAUGAGUCCACUGACCUCUUACUUCAUUUCAAAGGAAGCACCCUUCGAUUGCAAAGGUUUCAGCUUUAUUGUGGCUAGUUUCUUCUUGGCAAUCUCCUUUUGUCUUGCUUGGAUGCUUAACCCAGGAAGCAAGGACAAAGGCACAAAAGCUGUCGUUUCAGACAGAGAUGAUGAGGAAGCAGCGCAAGCACCACUAUUGGCAAAAUGCCCUAGAUCAUGA